UACUAUCGUUGAGAAAUACGCAAGAAGAGGAACCACCGGAUCCACAAUUAAUGAGGCUGGAUAAUAUGUUGAUUGCCGAGGGUGUGGCAGGUCCAGAAAAAGGGGGUGGUGCGGGGGCUGCGGCAUCGGCAUCGGCAGCUGCUGCUGCUGGACCACCUGGACAACCUGAUAACGCGAUCGAACAUUCGGAUUACCGAGCGAAACUUGCUCAGAUCAGGCAAAUCUAUCAUCAGGAACUCGAAAAAUACGAGCAGGCAUGCAACGAGUUUACGACCCACGUGAUGAAUUUGUUGAGGGAACAGAGUCGUACCAGGCCAAUAACGCCGAAGGAAAUCGAAAGAAUGGUUCAGAUUAUUCACAAGAAAUUUUCGAGUAUUCAAAUGCAAUUGAAACAAUCUACUUGCGAAGCAGUUAUGAUUUUGAGGAGUCGUUUCCUCGAUGCAAGGCGUAAGAGACGGAACUUUAGUAAACAGGCUUCUGAAAUCUUAAACGAGUACUUCUAUUCGCACCUGAGUAAUCCAUAUCCGAGCGAGGAGGCCAAAGAGGAACUCGCACGGAAAUGUGGAAUCACCGUGAGUCAGGUUUCCAAUUGGUUCGGCAACAAGAGGAUACGCUACAAGAAAAACAUAGGUAAAGCGCAGGAGGAGGCGAACUUGUACGCAGCCAAAAAGGCAGCUGCAGCUUUUGCAGGAGCGUCGCCGUACAGUAUGGGUGGUGCCAGCCAGGGUACACCAACGCCGAUGAUGUCACCUGCACCACCUGGUGGACCUCAGGAUAUGGCGGGAUACGGUAUGGGAAUAAAUGGAAGUGAUUAUGGCUCGCAACCUUACAAUGACGGUUCCAUGGGUUACGACCCAAUGCACCAGGAGCUGUCGCCUUGAAAUCCUUAGGAGAAAUACGCAAGAAGAUUUUGCUAAACCGAUAGAAAAAAAAAAAAAAGAGAGGAAGAGAAAGAGAGAGAGAAAGAGAGUGAGAGGGGAAUUAAACGAAACGAAAAAGAAAAGAAAAAUUAAAUAAUCCCAAAUAAUAAACAAAACAAAAUUAAAACAAAAGAUUUAUUAUCGAUAGUAAACGCAUUAAAGAACGAUAUCGUAAGGGAAGCCAGAAAAAGCAACACAAAGUAAAAAGGUAAAAAAAUUUCAACAAGAAAAAAAAAAAUAAAAAAUAAAAAAAUAAUAAAAGAAUAAAAGAAAGAAAGAAAGCAGGCAAUCUGAUCACCUCACUAUCUGUGAUCCGAUACUCGUCAUUCGCUGGCGGGUUAUACGAUACUAAAAAUAUUGAUAUAUUAAUUUAUUAAGAGAAAGAAAGAAAGAAAGAGAGAGAAAGAGAGAGAGGAGAGAAAUAAAUAAAUAUGUGUAAAAGUGUGCGCAGGAGCACGGAAGCGUUCGUAUACGAAAUAAAUUUAUCUAAGAGAGUAACAAAUUAAAUAAGUAUUAAAAAAAAAAAGAACCAAAAAUUAAUUCGUUUAUUCUUUAAGAAUGAAAAUAUAUAUAUGAAUAAAGUAGAUAUUCGUAUUACCGACCGAGCAUGCUCGGUAAAGAAGAUUCCUGUUGCUGGGUCGUCGAACUAAAGCGCGAAGGAAAAGUCUGCGUGUUCAAAUAUAUUUAAAAGGAAAAAAAAAGAAAAAAGAUUUUCUUUUUUUAGUAAUAUUUUUUUAUUCCUUUUCCCUCGAAGAAGAUAGAGGAGGAGGAGGAGGAGGAGAAGGAGGAGGAGGCUUUUCCUACGGCUGCUGAUUUCGACGUUGGGAACGAAAUUAUUUUACGGCCUAAUGUUUACUUCUCCAUUUUUAUAUUUUACUUUUCUAUAUUAACAAUAAAUAAUUAAUUAAAUAAAUAAAUGGCUUGCCGAAUCGUUAAGGAACGCUUCCGGGCUUCGAUGACGACAUCAUCUUCCUCUCCCGGUGAUAAAACGAAGAAGAAAGCAGAAAAACUAAAAAGAUUAGAGAGAAAGAGAGAGA